AUGACCGCUUCCCACCCCACCCCCCAGCGCCGCCCGGGCAUCAUGCUCGUGCAACCGCGCCUCAAGUCCCCCAGCCCCGAAACCGCAGCCCUCUUCCUGCGCUGGACUAAACUGCAUUUCCCAGAGCUACUCCACCUGCCUGCCUCCUCGCACGGCAGCGUCACAGGCGCCAUGCGCUUCGUCGCCCCGUCCUCUUCCUCCUCCUCCUCCUCCGCGCAUUCCAAAUACAGCCACGACGACCAAAAAGGCCUGACGCCGUACUUCUACACGUGCCACGUCGACGACAUCGGCUUCGUCCGCAGCCCGCUGUACGACGGCGUGAACCGGCGGCUGGACUUGGAGAAUACACGGACGUUGCGGGAGGGCGAGGUGCCGGUCGGUAGGGAGGGGAGUGUGUUUGAGGUUGUGGAUGCUCGGUUUAAGGUUUAUGAGGUUGUUGAUAAGGGUAUGGGGGGUUUGGGGGCAAGCAACACCAAUAUCAGCGGCACGUUCCAGGACCUCGCGCUCCCGCUCUCCCCCUCGCACGCAGAGACCGGCACGCCGCCGGCAAACUUCCUCAUCGUGCUGUCGGUCAAUCCGAAUCCCGAGGCCGGAUCCACCACCACCGGCAGCAUAGUUCCACCGCACGUGCAGCAGCUCCAGACUUCCCUGCUCUCCUUCCUAGGCGCGAAGCAAGCGGCGCUGAAACUGCACACUUCGCUGUACCGCGACGCGGGCGCGGCGACGCAGCCGGAAGCGCACCCGAUGGUGGAUGCAGCGGCGGCGGGCGAGUGGCUGGUGACGGUGGUGGUGGUUGAUGAAGCGGGGGUGGUUGGGAGAGAGGAUGUUGCGGGGUUGGUGGAGGCUUGGGUGGAUGGUGUGCAGGAAGGGAAGGGGGAUGGGGAUGUGGAGCUUUCGUGGGGAGUUUGGAGCGGCGAUGUGCUUAUGUCUAGGCCACAGGGGGACGGCGGCAGUGAGCCAUGAUAGGUGCCUCGCGUGGUUGAUUGGGCAGGCACUGGAGGAAUAGGGCGGGGUAUUUGGUGCGAGCUUUGGGCGGCAUUGGAUGAGUUUGUUUGUUCUGUGUUGUUGUCUGGUGGGGAGUGGAAAGGUUGGAGAUCG